AGCAGCAGGACAUGUGAACCAAGUCACGGGUGCGUUUGGAAUCUCGAAGUGUGUUGUUGUAUUGCGAGUCACGGGUUUAUGUUGAAGUAGUAGUAGUAUAAGUAACCCUCUCUGUUUGCGUUUCUCUCUAUCAAACUUCUUUCCUAUCUAUUAAAGGUGUAAUCUUCUUGCUGUAAUCUUGUUGCUACAAACUCGGCCUCAAUUUCAAGUUGUUGUAAUCGAAGAAGUUAUAGGAUAUCUAGAAAUGUCAUCAUCUUCAUCGGAUGAAUUCGAAGAGAGAUUGGACGAAGUUUUCGAUGAAAUCUUUGAAGAUACUUUCAACAAUAUAGUGGAGGCCCAAUCCAUACCGCAAAGUAGACGUGCUUAUGUGGAACGAAACCGCGAAGGAGGACACGUCCGCUUAUGGAAUGACUACUUCAGCGAAGAUUGUACAUUUCCGGCACAUUUAUUCAGACGCCGUUUCCGCAUGAAUAAGGAAUUAUUCUUGCGUAUUGUCCAUGGCCUAUCAGAGUGGUUUCCAUUCUUUCAGCAAAGAAGAGAUGCAACCGGGAGGUUCGGUCUUUCUCCAUUACAAAAAUGUACGGCAGCUAUUCGUAUGCUUGCUUAUGGUUCUGCGGCUGAUGCGGUUGACGAAUAUCUCCGACUUGGUGAGUCCACUGCACUUUCGUGUUUACAUAAUUUCACUGACGGAAUAAUACAAUUAUUUGGAGAAGAGUAUCUACGACGACCCACCCCCGAGGAUCUACAACGACUACUCGAUAUUGGGGAGAAACGAGGGUUUCCUGGGAUGGUCGGGAGCAUUGACUGUAUGCACUGGGAGUGGAAAAAUUGCCCAACCGCUUGGAAAGGACAGUACACACGUGGAUCAGGAAAACCGACAAUUGUCUUAGAGGCUGUUGCUUCACAAGAUCUUUGGAUAUGGCACGCUUUUUUUGGUCCCCCAGGUACGUUAAAUGAUAUCAAUGUCCUCGAUCGGUCUCCUGUUUUUGAUGACCUUUUAGAAGGUCGAGCUCCGAGGGUAAAGUACAUGGUCAACGGACACAUGUAUAAGUUGGGGUACUACCUCACAGACGGUAUAUAUCCAAAAUGGUCAACAUUUAUCCAAUCUAUCACCCUCCCUCAAACUCCUCAACAAGAGUUAUUUGCUAAAGUUCAAGAAGCAACCCGAAAAGAUGUGGAGCGGGCUUUUGGAGUAUUGCAAGCUCGAUUUGCGAUUGUGAGAAACCCGGUAAAAACAUUGGAUAGAGCAAAGAUAGGGAAGAUUAUGAGAGCAUGUAUCAUACUCCACAAUAUGAUUGUCGAAGAUGAACGGGAUGGAUACUCUCCUAUUGAUAUAUCUGAAUUUGAAGAAGGAGACGUCCCCAGAUGUUCACAGGUGGAAACCGAGAUGCCAACUAAUAUGAAUAAUAUAUUUCCCACGCGGAAUGAUCUACGUGAUAGUCAAACGCAUGAACGAUUGAAAAAUGAUUUAAUUCAAAAUAUUUGGAAUAAAUUUGGUGAUGAAGAUUAGGAAUUUUUCUAUAUUUAUGUUAAAUAAUUGUUUUUAUCUUUAAUUGUUGUAUUUUUAUGUUUAAUUAAUGUAUUUUAUGUUUAAUUAUUGUAUUUUAUGUUAAUUUAUGGUAUUUAUUCAUCUAAUAUAUGAAAAAUUUAUUUCACUAAAAAAACCAUUUUUUAAUUCUUAAGGAUUCUAAUUUUGGGAUCAUCAUUGUACAUACAUUUUUCACAAGAGUCCUUAACUAUUCAAAAAAAAAAAAAAAAAAAAA